ACUGUCAGAUAAGAUGUUUGUCAACGGGGAAAAUGUUUAUCAAUUAUUAUUACUGUAAUAAAACAGCCGCAAAACGUUCUAUUACUUUAAUUCAACAUUCAUAUCGAUCAUCAGUGUAGUUAUCGAUUAUUUGAAACCACAUGUCAUCAACUAAUCAAAAGACAACAUCUUUUUAUCAUAGGUUAUAAACAGAUUACACAAAUCGGUUAUUCUGCUCGGCACGACUCAAUGAGCAGCUGUAUCGAAAGUGUAAAUGCUUGAUUGAGUUACGGAAGGUCUAUUGAUGUUUGAUAUUAUUUCGGGAAGUAGUUAGUGCGGUGCUUGUGACCGGUAAUCACGGAGAUCUGUCAUCAUGCUGUCGUGGGUACAACACCGAUGGACCGGCCUGUGUCUGCUAGUGAUGGGCCUAGGGGCCCUAAUGUUGUUCAUGUUCGGUUUCUUCCCGCUGAAGUAUCACUCGGGAAAUUUGGCGCAUAUGAAUAAUUUGCCUAACUUUAUUGGGGGAGUCAGUAUUGAUGGGCAAGAAGUUUACAACUCAGGAGAGAACACCGUGGUUCUCAUGGUCAUAGACGGGCUCCGAUAUGACUUUGUCACAGAAGAGUACAUGCCGUACACCGGACAGCUCCUCAAGAACAAAUCUGCAUGUAUAUAUGUAUCUGUAGCAGAACCACCUACAGUCACAAUGCCCAGGAUUAAGUCUCCAGAGCUUAAGAAGGAAAGGGCACAGUGGAGGCGCACCAUAAACUUCUGGCGGGAUAUAUUCGCCAUGAUGACAGGCAGCGUAUCGACUUUCGCCGACGUGGCGUUGAACUUCGGCGCGCCGGCCGUCCGCGGCGACAGCGUGUUGCGCGUGGCGGCCGAGAGAGGGCGCCGCUCCGUUAUGUACGGAGAUGACACGUGGCUCAGACUCUUCCCUGGACUUUGGGCUGAAUCUGAUGGGACCACGUCUUUCUAUGUCACGGAUUAUACUGAGGUAGACAACAACGUCACCCGGCACUUAGACAAAGUGCUGACACCUGACGACAAGAGGAAGCCAACGUUCGACUUCCUAGUGCUCCACUACUUGGGUCUAGACCACAUUGGACACCUAGAGGGCGCUAGGAGCAAGAAGAUAAGACCGAAGCUGCAGGAAAUGGAUGAUGUUGUUAAGAAGAUCUUUGAGGCUAUGCAGAAAUGGGACCGGCCGGGCACCCUGUUCGUGUGCGGCGACCACGGGAUGCGCGACGCGGGCGGACACGGCGGCUCCACGCCCGCCGAGGUGCUGGUGCCACUUGUCGUGGCCCGCACCGACCCCUACCAGUGCCCGCACCCUGACAGCCACGGUCCGACAGUGGCCCAGGUAGACCUAGCGCCGACUAUAGCCUGGCUGCUGAACGCGCCCCCUCCCGGCGACAGCACGGGCCGGAUGCUGCCCGGGCUGCUGCCCGACGGCAUCCUGCAGCGCCUCUACCUGCUGCACAUCACCGCGCGGCACAACGCCGACCAGUGCGCCGGCAAGGCUGCCACGGAGACAGAAUUCUAUAAACAAUUCGAACGCGCCGAGAAACAAUUCGCGCACUACCUCGCCACAGGGGAGAAAAGCGCGGCCAAGAUCGCCAAGGAAUUCUACGAGGACUCUCUGGAAAAGAUGGCCGAGUACCUUACAGAGGCCACUGUUGGGUUCGACUUGUUUGCUAUAGGAGUGGGCAUCGUUCUGCUUUAUUGUAUCGCCGUAUCCCUCGUCUGCACAACCCUGUAUUCGCUCCAACCAGAUACCUCCCGCAGGUACAGCGUCCACAGCCUCCACGCCAAAUCCACAUGGGGCUCGAUAAUCGCCUUCAUCAGCGUCUUGGCAAUCACCAACAGCAUACUAGUUAUCUCCUGCUAUAUCACUGAAACUAAAACACAAUUCUGUUCCAUGCGAGGCAUCUGGCUCGCGAUUUUCCUGCUAGUCUCUUGUGUAUUAUCCAUGUCCUAUUGGAUCAUCAAAACGAGCAUAGAAAAGAUUAAAGACUUGUCUUUGUUGCGAGAUUUGAACGCGAUAGACUAUCUUCUAAUCAUCGGAACUUUAUUUCAUUCGUGGUCCUUCUUUGGGACUAGUUUUAUAGAAGAGGAGCAUAUGACGUGGUAUUUCUUUUGGAACACAUUAAUGUUCUUCAUAUUAGUGCGGACGCUGGCGGUGGUUGUUAUAUACUUGUCGAGGAAACUGAGCGGUGCUACGGAGGUACAGGAAAAGCCUGAGCUAGAGCAAAGGAUGAGCGCGGUCGGAGUUGGGAUCGUGCCGAAAUGGGUGCUGCUUAUUGCCUUACACAGGUAUUUAAGAACAAUGAACCAGACUGGAGAUCGCUGGCUGUUCCUUCCGGAUACGGCGGACUGGCUGAACGCACCCGAAAACGCCUUCUAUCUGCAAGCACAUCUAGUCAUUGGAACCGUCGCAACUUUAGGAAUAUGCCUCUACAACCUCCGGCACACCAACAACCUCAGCCACAUCCACACAAUCUUCACAACGGCCGCCGCCAUAUGCAUAUUCUGCUACCGCAUAGCCACCGACUCUCUUCACUCGCCCUUCGAAGACAUUAAGUCCUGGGACACGGUCCAUAUAGUCAAUGUCUUCUGGGUUAUAUUACUAGCCCAAUUCGUUUUCGAAUUCCUAACCUACGUCGGCGUAUUUAAAAACUGCGGCGUCAACCCAGCCACCCGUAACACUGUCAGCAGCAACCGAUUCGACUACAAUAAAUCUAAAGCGAAAACAGAGGAUUAUUUCUACGAACCUCUGAUAGAAGAGCCGUGGAACUUGGAAGAAGUAAAAUUAAACUUUGCUCGUUCAAUGUCGCACCUUAUGUUGAACGACUUAAUGUUGAUAAUCGCUCUGCUGAUGAGGCCGCAUAAUGUGAUAAUGGUGCCGAGCGUGUAUGUAACUUGUGUGUUGACGUCGAAGUGUAUGGACCAUAAGUUGCUGGAUUCGAGGUCGGGGAGGAAUACGGAGGUGGUAGAUAUUUUGAGUCGGACGCUGGUUCACGUUUGGAUUGGAUGCCUUUUCUUCUUUUACCAGGGUAACUCCAACAGCCUAGCGUCAGUAGACCUCGGGUCGGGCUACGUGGGGCUGCGCUCGUACUGCGCCGUGCGCGUGGCGCUGCGCAUGGGCAUCCACGCGUACGCCGGGCCCGCGCUCGCCGGCGCCGCGCUCUACUGCCAGCUGGCGGCGGAGGCGACGACCUGGCGGCAAUACCUCCAAACAGUAUGGCGAGCGACCAACAUAUUCGCUCUCCAGCGAGUAUACUCCGUCGCUGUAUACUGCGUAGUAGCCACCGUAUUCCGACACCAUCUAUUCGUGUGGACGGUCUUCUCGCCAAAGCUGCUUUAUGACUUCGUGGCCAUGACGUUCACUAUACAAGCUUUAGUUACCAUAGCCGAGAUAAUAGGUCUAACACACUUAACUAGUUGGAUAGCGCAAGCGUUUGUGAGUAAGUCGAGACUGUGAUACAUUAGAGUUAGCGUUUUCUUAUGCCAC